CUUUAUAAAGUUGGCAAACCAGCUCGCUCGUCUUAGAAUAUCAUCCAACUCACAAAGAAGCUACGCUGUCGCUUGACAUUACUUAUAAACUAAAGUAAAUAGGUGACCAUGUAAAACGUCUAAAACUGUUAUAGACACUCAUUCUCCGGUCAUGUGCUUUUUUGUUAAACCCUAUUUCCUAACACUCGUCUUGGUUAGUACCUACAUAGAAGACACAGGGCCAAGUAAAGCUAGCAACACCAAGAGAGAAAGAGACAUAGUUCCUGUUUUUGCAGGACCUAUACCAAAUGUUACCGUUCCUUUAGGAAGAGAAGCAAAUAUCCCGUGUGUGGUAAACGAACUGGGAAGUUAUAGGGCAGCUUGGAUUCGGGUGGAGACGAAAGCAAUUUUGACCAUUCACCAACACGUGAUUACAAGAAAUUAUAGAAUUAGUCUUAGCCACAGCGACAACAGAAACUUCAUUCUACACGUCAAAGACGUCAAAGAGUCAGACCGUGGAGGUUACAUGUGUCAGCUAAAUACAGUUCCCAUGAUGAGUCAAAUUGGAUAUUUAGACGUGCUAGUUCCACCAGAUAUAAUCGUUGAUCAAAGUACGUCAGAUGUCGUCACCAGGGAAGGGACAAAUGUAACACUGUCGUGUACAGCCAAAGGCUAUCCAGAACCUAAUAUCACUUGGAGACGAGAAGAUGACGAACCGAUACCGUUAAUUCUAGGUAUCGGCAAGAAACUUAUGAAUUCGUCGUACGAGGGAGAGGACCUAAACAUAUCUCGAGUAACUCGUGUUCACAUGGGAGCAUACCUGUGUAUAGCUUCCAAUGGAGUACCGCCUUCAGUUAGCAGACGGGUCCUUCUUCACGUGCAAUUUCCUCCAGUUUUGUGGGUUCCUAACCAGUUGGUUGGUGCACAUGCUGGAGAAGAAAUUGCCCUGGAUUGCCACAGUGAGGCCUAUCCAGUUUCCAUUAACUUCUGGAAAAAAAGAGAAGGCGAAAUGAUUCUAUCGAAUGAAAAGUUUGACGUUUCAUCAAAAGAAAAAUCUUACAAAGUCCAUAUGAGAUUAUUAAUACGAAAACUACAAGCAGAAGAUUUUGGAACGUAUAGUUGCUUUGCCAAAAAUUCAUUGGGAUCCACAGAAGGUACCAUUCGUCUUUAUGAGAUACCAACGUCUACAUCUUUCUCCAGAGACACAGCAGAGAAGUUUAAGCACAUGAACAGGGAUUUUCCAAAGCACCAGAGCCUCGGUUCGUCAAAAUCUUCUAGGAAAUUCAACAUAGAAAAAGGACUGCCCUCUGUGGAAGCCACCACCAGGAAUUCAUCAGAAACCAGGAGGGUAAUAAAUGUACUACUGCUGUUUUGCAUCAUGAGUCUCUGUACACACGCAAUCACUUUAAAAAAUUUUGGGGAAUAGAUAAUCAGAGAUAUUCUUAAGCUUUGAGUUUUGUUGUUGUUGCUGUUGAAAUAGUUGCUAAUAGAUUUACUAGUUUAGAAAGAGAGUGAGAUGUGGUUGAAGUAACCAAGUUUGUGUUAAGUCGAUUUGGAUAAGUCACAUAUGAAUACAUAGACAGAGAUAUUAGGUUUCUGAAGUCCUGAAAAUACAAAAACAUGGAACAUUGUUAAAUUGAUAGAUGAAAACUCGUGUCAUAAUCAUAAAUAAAAAAAGUAUUGUUCGGCCUGUAAUCAAAUCCCGUGCGUAAUUCAUAUAGUGAUGUAACAAUUUUAGUUUGAAAUGAAACCACAAAAAUGUAUCAGUAAUUUUGAAUAAACAUGAAUAACGCAAUGAAUGAACUCUUUCAUCUUCUACUAAAGUUUACCUUGAAUGAAUCAUCCCUGGUUAUAUUAUUCUAUAUACAACAUGUAUGGUGAUAGAUUAGUUGUAAAUAUGACGUGUAUGUAAUCAUCAAUUCUGAAUAAAACUUAACACCAUUAAAAAGGGGUGUAUUUCAAA